AUGAGCUCCGCGCCCUCUCCCCGUCGGGAAGACCCCCGGUACCUCAGCACGGCGGAGGCUGAGGCCAUGGAGCAGGAGCUGCUCCGGGAUUAUCGGUUUGGGAGGCAGCAGCUGAUCGAGAUCUGGGGACACGCCUGUGCCGUGGCUGUCGCCAAGGCAUUCCCUCUGCCCUCCCUGCCUCGGAAGCAGCCCACGGUGCUGGUGGUGUGCGGACCGGCCCAGAACGGGGCCAUCGGGCUGGUGUGUGCCCGGCACCUCCGCAGCUUUGAUUAUGAACCCACCAUCUUCUACCCCAAACGCUCCCCGGACCCCCUGCACCGGGAUUUCACCACCCAGUGUGAGAAGAUGGACAUCCCCUUCCUCUCCUACCUCCCCACCGAGGUUCAACUGAUCAACGAUGCCUACAACGCGGUGGUGGAUGCGGUGCUGGGAGCUGAAGAGGAGGUGGGCGAGGGGAGGGGGCCCUGUGCCCCCAUCCUGGCCACCCUCAGACUUGUCCGCAUCCCCAUCGUCAGCCUGGAUGUUCCCUCAGGGUGGGACACCGAGGUUGGUGGCAGCGGUGGUGGCAUCAGCCCCGAGGUGCUGGUGUCCCUCUCAGCCCCCAAGCAGUGUUCCCGGCGGUUCCUGGGCCGCCAGCACUUCGUGGCCGGGAGGUUCCUCCCCUACGACCUUCAGAAGAAAUUUGAGCUCAACCCCCCCCAGUACCCCGGCACUGAGUGCGUGGUGGCCCUGCCACCCCCCCGGGAAUAA